AUGCCCGAGUCUUGGGUACGAGGCGCUAUCCUUGUGCGCGCCAAUUCCUUGAUUCGUGGUCACUCCGGUGUUAGAUGGGAGCUUGUGGAGAAGAUGAUAGAGCUUUUGCGUUCCAACAUCACACCACUCGUGCCGCUCCGCGGCAGCAUUUCGGCUUCGGGGGAUCUUUCCCCUCUUUCGUACAUUGCGGGUACACUUAUAGGUAACCCUUCAAUCCGGGUCUUUGAUGGGCCCUCGGUCUUCGGAGCUCGCCAGAUUGUUUCUUCGCGCGAUGCACUUGCCAAACACAACAUUGCCCCUAUCCCUCUGGCUGCUAAGGAGCACCUUGGUGUUUUGAAUGGAACCGCUUUUUCCGCAUCCAUUGCAGCACUUGCUUUGAACGAUGCCGCCCAUCUCGCGAUGCUGGCCCAAAUUUGCACGGCUAUGGGAACCGAGGCUCUCCUCGGCGAACGCGGCAACUACCACUACUUCAUCCACGAAGUCGCUCGUCCUCAUCCAGGGCAGGUGGAAGCAGCUCGGACAAUCUGGGACCUUUUGGAGGGCAGCCAGUUUGCUCAUGCCGAGGAAAAGGAGGUGACAAUUGAGGAAGAUGACGGCGAGCUGCGUCAGGAUCGUUACCCUUUGCGUACCGCACCUCAAUUCCUGGGCCCUCAAAUUGAAGACAUCAUUUCGGCUCUCAACACCGUCACUCUAGAAUGCAACUCCACUACGGACAACCCGUUGUUUGACGGAGAGACGGGAGACGUUCAUCAUGGUGGCAACUUCCAGGCCAUGGCGGUGACGAACGCCAUGGAGAAGACCCGCCUCGCCCUUCAUCACAUCGGAAAGCUUCUCUUUGCUCAAUCAACAGAGCUCAUCAAUCCAACGAUGAAUCGCGGUCUUCCGCCUUCGCUUGCUGCCAGCGAUCCUUCCUUGAACUACCAUACCAAGGGUCUGGACAUUGCCGUCGCCGCCUAUGUCGGAGAGCUCGGGUACCUUGCUAGUCCUGUAUCGACUCACAUUCAGUCCGCGGAGAUGCACAAUCAGGCUGUCAACUCCCUGGCUCUGAUAUCGGCCCGUGCCACCGUCAAUUCACUCGAAGUACUCUCAUUGCUGACUUCGACAUAUCUCUAUUUAAUUUGUCAAGCACUCGACCUAAGGGCCAUGCAAUUUGAAUUCCGUCGCGGUCUUGCCGAGAUUGUAGAUGAGGAGCUGCGCACUCACUUUGGUGCAAGCCUCGCGCCUUCAGAUGCUUCAUCCAUCCUGCGCAAAGUGUCAUCAAUCAUGUUUAAGACUCUUGAUCAUACAAGCACGAUGGACGCUAUCCCGCGUAUGGCCGCCGUCAGCUCUGCUUCCUCGUCCGUUCUGGUCGAAUAUUUCACAUCAUCUGCCGCCGUCGAGGUCACUGCUCUCUCUGCCCUCCCUGCCUUCCGCGGAGCCGUGUCCAGCCGCGCUGUUCAAUUGCUCAACACCCUCCGCACCGAUUAUCUGACAGGCGCCCGUGGGCCAGCACCAGCAAGUGCGUACCUCAACAAAACGAGGCCGAUAUACGAGUUUGUCAGAGUGACGCUCGGCAUUGGCAUGCAUGGAAAAGAGAAUCUCGACUUAUUCUCAGAGGGGCUGGGCGUCCAAGACGUGACGAUUGGACAAAAUGUUUCCCUGAUCCACGAGCGAGGCUUCACAGAUGUCACAGCCAUUGAUCGCUCGGAAGUCCUCCCUGCGCCUGAUGCUGCGAGCACCGAUAUAAAUAAGAUCGUCCGGACAUCUUACUCCGAUCGUUUCUACACUCAGCUAGCCCAUGAUUCAAUACAAUGCUGGAAGGAUAUAGAAGAGUGGGGUGACACCUACCAUGAGUGCGGUAUGAAAGGAUUUCUCAACCGGGAUGGGGGGUGGGCUUUCGCUGCACAAGGCAUCACCAAGAUGACAGAGCGUGUUCUGUCUAUGGGAGGCAAGGUCAUCGGGGGGAAAGGUGCGAGGGGGCUCUCGAAGGUGGGCGGACGUACAACUGGUGUCAAGUGCAGUGACGGGACGAUCAUGAGUGCCGAUUUGGUCGUCAUCGCUUCGGGUUCUUGGACAGCAUCCUCCUUCACCGAUCUUGGCCUCGAAACUAGCUGUCUUGCUACCGGACAGAGUGUUGCGACCAUCGACUUGACUCCGGAUGAGGCUGAUAGGUACCGGAAAUGCCCUGUGAUUCUCGACUUUGCAACAGGUUUCUACAUGUUUCCGCCCAACAGCGAGAACAUCAUGAAGAUGGCCAUCCAUGCUGUGGGACACACGAACUAUGCAUCCAACAAUACCUCGAAAAAUAUAUCAACUCCGCGGACAAUCCUCUCUCAUGAUAAGGAGGGUUUAUUGAUCCCAAAAGCGAUCGCAAGACUCCUUCGCAAGCAAAUGAGCCAAAUAUACCCAGAGCUUGCACAUAAGCCAUUUUCGAGUACCCGGCUGUGCUGGUACACGGACUCGCCUGAUGGAGACUGGGUGAUAGGAUACUACCCCUCAGACGCUGGCUUGGUCCUAGCCACCGCGGGCAGCGGACAUGCUUAUAAGUUCCUUCCAGUGCUGGGAAGGCUUGUCGCCGACUCCAUUCAAGGAACACUUGAUGAGUCUAUCGCGCAGAAAUUCUCGCCGAAUCGCAGCUACGCUAAACAUGACCCAUCCCGUAGCCGCGCUGCUAUCACCGAUCUAGCUUCAGAGCAGCUAUGUACUGCGGAAGACUUGUUGCCGCAAUAA